AUGUCCACUACCGGGGACAGGGUUGUGAUCUUCCCCCUAGAGAGGCAGAUUCAGGUCUCGGUGGUGGCGGUCUCCAUCGCCUUCAUAAUCAUCCCGACUGUCAUGGUUACCAUGCGCCUUAUUGCAAGGCGCAUAGCACACAGAGCCAUUGAUGGGAGCGACUGGUGCAUUGUUACAGCAUGCGUCUUUUCCAACGCUCUCCAAGCCGUCUCAAUUGUCAGUGUGAUGCAAUGCGGUGUUGGCUUUCACAACGCAGAGAUUGUCCCCAAGUAUGGCUUUGGACCAAUCAUCAAAUUUCUGAAGGUCCUCGUCGUCCAACAGAUCCUUUGGGCGAUUAGUCUCAGCCUCUGCAAGAUUGCUAUCCUCCUCCUUUACUCAAAGAUAUUCACAACACGCAUGAUGGUUCUGGCAGCAAGAAUUCUGGCCGGCUUCACUAUGAUGUGGACCGUGGUCACCGUUCUGAUAGCAUUUUUCAUCUGCCGCCCUCUAUCAGACAAUUGGUUGCUUGACCUAAAGAACCGCCACUGCGGAAACCAGCCCGCGGCGGACGGGACGAUGGGGGUUCUGAACAUGAUUACCGACAUCGUCGUGCUUGUCAUGCCUAUUCCCCACCUGUGGAAAUUGCGCCUUGAGGUGUAUAAGAAAAUCGCUCUCAUGGUGACGUUUUCGUUAGGAGUCUUUACCUGCAUCGUCUCAGCUUUACGACUGUAUUACCUCGCAAACCUCGAAUACUAUGACGUGACGUUUAACAUUCCCAACGCCCUCAUUUUCAGCGCCCUCGAGCCCGGCGUCGGUAUCACGCUUGCCUGCAUUCCGUUUCUCCGACCUAUGCUGGGCCGUUCUAGUUAUUCACUGAAGGGCACCGCCAAUUACUACAGCUCAAAUGGAAAAUCCGCAAGACUAGUACGGAGUGGCCGAGAAAGCCACGGGUUUGUUCUCGUUGAGAACUCGUCUCAGUACCAGCUCCAACAAUACGACCAAAAAGGCUCAAUGCCAAAGAUUCCCGGAAAGGUCCUGUAUAGCAGGGAUGGCAGUGCUCGGGAUAGAUAUUAG